AAAUUCAUAAAAGGUGGACAAUUCUUAGACGAUAUAUCAGCCGAAGGAAAAAUUGCUGUUGUUACCGGUGCAAAUAGUGGAAUUGGUAGGCAAAUUGCAAAGGAACUGAACCUCAGAGGUGCUAAGGUGUAUCUGUUGUGUAGGAACAAACAAAAAGGCAUUAAUGCAAUUGAUGAAUUAACAAAAGAGGGAUGUGAUAUCGCUCGACUACUAUUAAAACUGGUUGAUUUAGCCGAUUUUGAUACCAUUUAUAAAUUUGCAACCGAUAUUCAAAGACAUGUCGAUAAAAUAGACAUAUUGGUAAACUGUGCAGCCAUAAUGUGUCAUCCAGGUGGUAAAACUGAAACUGUUAAUAAGCAUGAAAUGACAUGGCAGGUUAACUACUUAGGACCUUUUAUUCUCACUGAAUUGUUGUUACCGUUGCUAAAAAAAUCAUAUAAUGGACGUGUGAUAAAUGUAUCUUGCGGAGCUCACAGUUUAGCAGAAAAAGCGCAGGAACCACGAAUGGUUGCUAAUCAGUUACAUGCUAAACUGGACCUGUAUUGUCAAACUAAACUUGCUCUUGUUAUGCAUGCUCGUGAAUUAGCGCGAAGAAUUCGAGAUGAAGAUCCUGCUUGUACCGUUGUAAUAAAUGUUUGCCAUCCUGGUGUUUGCUAUACCGGUUUAUAUAGAAAUACACCUCUUGAAAUAUUACCUGUAAAACUACUGCUUUUACCAUUUCUUACAUUUCUGCUGAAAUCAGACAGGGAUGGUGCACAAACUCCGAUUUAUAUGGCUUUAUCAAAACAUUUAGAGAAUGUUUCUGGCAAAUAUUUUGUUGAUUGCACCGAGGUUGAUCCAUCAAGAGAGGCAUUAGACGACGUGGCUUGUGAACUACUUUACAAAAACACUUUAAAAGACGUGGGUUUGGCUGACUACGAUUUAUGUAACGGAAAAGUUGGCUUUUACUGA